AUGUCGACAAUUGAUUACGAAUCCUGGCUCCAGACAACUAAAGACCCUGAAUACAGCACUGCACGCCCUCAUGCAGAGGUCCUACGGCAACUAUUCUCAAACAAGAUUGAUUCAACCACCGCAAUCAAAGAACUGAGCUUGCUCGAUUUCAAAAAUGAUGAUACGCCAUGGGCUCUCUGGGAGCUAAUUUAUGAGGCCGCUGCCGACUUUCCUUCAAGUCAUUCCUCAUUGCUGGCGCUCUUGGUUGAAGCCGAAGCACUAGAUUCACAGCUAUCUGAGUCAGAACCUAAAGACAUACGGAAAUGGUUGGGCUGCUUCGGGAGCAUGUGGCGCGACAAGUGGGAUAUGACCUCACCCUAUGCAUCAUCAGGAUGGACAGUGUCCGCAUCUAAGUCAACCGCUAGAUGGAUUAAUAUGAAUACCUUCUCAGCAAGACUGCUAGCUACAACUUCUUUUAGUCAAGGAAUAAAGCUUCGUGCUUUAGGCUUGAGUUUAUUGAAGAAGUGUUUAGAGAUGGACCCGACGAAGUACAAGAAGGGAAGACGUCAGGCACAGUCCGCGCUUCAGAGACAGCCACCAUGGUACAAGAUGGAUGUAUCAGAACUACUGGCAACUGAUAUAUGCGCCACUGCACAAUGGAUAAUCCAUGCCGGGGGGUUGAUGUGGAAGGAUGAUCGACCCGACAGUUCUGAGUACAUUCAACAAGUUCUUCCCGGUGAAACAGACCUUUGGGAAGGAAGCCACGGGUUUACGGAGGGGCGAUGGCAGCUGUGGAAGGAACGGUUCUUGUUCAUGGUAAAAUAUGAGGAUAUCAGCCCAGAUGCCCAGCAAGUUGCGCGAAAGGCAGGGCAGAUAAUGGGCGAACUGAUUUGA